UACAGUGCGCAUGCGCUGUAUAAUGCGAUUGAUGGUUCAUCGGACGGCUAGUGUGUGUCUGAGCUCCCGGGAACCCGAUCAGCUGCACUUCUCUGUGCGUUAGUGCAGCUGGAAGUUUUGUAGUACGAUCGCCGAGGUUAAGGGAUAUUAUUGAAACUCUUCGUUAUAAAUAUGUCUACAAACAAAGUGAAGAAAGUGAAGAUGGCCACCAAAUCAUGCCCGGAGUGUGACCAACAGAUUCCUGUGGCUUGUAAAUCCUGUACGUGUGGCUACGUCUUCAUCAGUCGAAAGCUGCUCAAUGCCAAAUUAAAUGAGAGGUCUCCAGUAAUGGACAAAUUGGAUGCCAAGAGAAGACGAACAGAAAGAAUCAGAAAAGAGAAGAUAAACUUAACAUCUACCAGUGAUAUGGAAAAUAGGAGGCGACCCCGUUCCAACAGUCAGUCAGAUCCAAUCCGCAGAGGACGAGGCAGACCGAAAACUGUUGGGCUGAAGAAGCAGGAGGAAGAAAAAGAAAAACAGGAAAAGGAGAUUGAUAUUUAUGCCAACCUCUCCGAUGAGAAGGCUUUUGUGUUCUCGGUGGCCUUGGCUGAGAUUAACCGCAAAAUUCUGGGCCAGAGACUCAUCCUGUAACAAGCUUUGGAAACAAUUGCAGCUGAAACUCAGGACUCUUACUGCGUGGGUGUGCGGGUGUCCCAUAUGUCUAUGUAAAAGCGGGUGGGAAACUCUGACCCGAAGAAGCUUAUACCCCUGCCUGUGUGGCCGAAGCUCAGUGGUGCUGCCGUGUAUUGGUGGAUUUCAGACGCCUGCUCUGUGUAUGAGGGGAAAAAUGACUGUUAUCCUCCACAUGAGUGAGAACUGUAGUAAUCAUUAGCGGUGUAGGAUUCUAUCUAUUUUAAUGACAAUUUUAUGGAAUGUAUUCAGUGUUCCUACCAGUCGUUUCUUAAAAUUUUAAGCUGUUUAUUUGAGGACAGUGGGUGCCCCAAAAGAACAAUUUAUGUGCAAAUUAUGACUUGUAAGCUGUUCAUUUCCAUUAUUUGUUUAUUUAGGUGCCAGUGAGCCAUAUUAUUUCCCAAGUAACCUAGUGGGAGCUGAACCCAAGGAAAUGGCAGAUUAAUGGUUAUUUAUUAUGCCUCAACCACCGUAAUUUAAGUGUGUAUUUUAUUUUCUCUUUUGUUAUUGUUUGACAAAUGGUAACAAAAUUCAUGUGUAAUAUUCACCCUGUAUUUGAACAUAUUAAAAUAAUUUGCAUUUAAACUA